AUGUCUUCUGAACAUGGACUGCAUGUUAUGUUAAGUUAUCAUUGGGAUAAUAAGGAGCUAGUUUCAAAAAUUUACAAAGUCCUUAGAUCAAGAAAUCUGCCGGUAUGGAUGGAUAUUCAUGGCGGAAUCGGUUUUAAUCUUUUUCAAAGUAUGGCAGAUGGAGUCGAAAAUGCUGCCGUUGUUUGUUGUUUUAUGACACCGAAAUAUCAGAAUUCACGUAAUUGUGAAAAAGAAUUAUUGUACGCCGAGAGACGACGCGUUUCAAUAAUUCCGUGUCGUUUAACGCGAGAUUGGGAACCAUCGACAUGGCUUGGAUUAAUAACUGCUGGACUUGUAUGGGUUGAUUUUCGUGAAGCAAUAGACAUGAAUAUUGAUCUAAAAAUCGAUCGAUUAAUAGAUCAAAUUCGAAUCGUUACAGGAAAAAAAUUCAACUGUUUUCUACAAGAAACUUCCAAUACUUUUGAAAAUUAUUCUAGUAAUGCUUUAAAUAAUCUUUAUCCCAUGCUUCCACAAACGGCUGAGAAGUCCGAUCAUGCUACGUUAACUGAUUCAACUUCAAUAGUAUCUCGUCAACAUCGAACUGUUAGUAAUGUAAAUAUGAAGCCAACACCACCACCAGUUCCUCCACGUCCAAAUAAAAAUUUAAUCCGAGAACGAUUAGUAGAUCUUGAGUUGAUUGAUGAUAAAAAAGAGAAUAAUCUCCCUUUGAGUAGUCGAAAGCCAGACAUAUGUGAAAUUCCAGCUCAACAUCAAGCUGACACAUGUUCCAUUCCCGAUAUUCUUCCUUUAUCACCAUCGAAAAUUAAUAAUGAAAAAAAACGUACUGGUAUUGCUAUUGACUAUUCAAAAUUUGAUCGUUCACCUCGUAUUAUUGGAGAUGAUAAUGAUGAAAUUUCAUUUUGUUGUCCAUCAGGUGUUGCAAUAUCAAAAACAGGUCUUAUCUAUAUUGCCGAUCAACAAAAUCAAUGUGUUAAAGUAAUACCAUUGUUAAGAAGUGACAAACCAAUUUUAUCACGUCCAUUUAAUCGACCAAAAGUCAUACUUGAUCAUGAACUUAAUCUACUUAAGUCUAUUGGAAAUCAUGGUUCGAAACCAGGCGAAUUCAAUGUACCAUGGGGAGUGGCGACGGAUUGGUCAUCAAAUAUUUAUGUAUGUGAUCAAAUGAAUAAUCGAAUACAAAAAUUCGAUACCGAUGGUCAAUUUUUACUCGAAUGGGGUUAUGAAGGUGAACAUGUUGGUCAAUUCUAUUAUCCACAUUUCAUUUCAAUAUCAGGCAAUCGUGUUGCUGUAUCCGAUCAACUAAAUCAUCGCGUUCAAGUAUUUGAUUGUUUUGGAAAUUACCAUUAUAAACUAGGUGAACCUGGGAGUGAGCCAGGUCAAUUGAGUUGUCCAUUUGGAGUGUGUAUCGAUGGCAAUGGUCAUAUAGCUGUUUCUGAUCAUGAUAAUAAUCGUAUACAAUUCUUUGAUGAAAAUGGUGAUGUUAAAUGUAUUUUAGACAAGGAAGCAAAUCCUUUAUUUAAUUUUCAAGGCGUUCAUGGUCUAGCAUUAACUUAUGAUGGUGGACUUUUGAUUACUGAUUAUAAACGUAGUGGGAAACAUCGCCUAUUUAUUUUUGCUUAG